AUGGUGGGAGACACAAUGAGAAAAGACGAAGAGAGGAAGCACAGGAGUAGAGGAAACCUGGAGGGUCCCUCACAGAUCCUCCUCUCCUGCCUGGUAGCUCUUCUGGUCUCACUUCCUGGAGGGAAUCAGGCCAUGGCUUGGAUCCUGCUUCUGCUGCUGUCAGCUGCAUGCCUGCAAGCUGGUGACAGGAUCCAACAGAGAAAGACCCUUGUGGUCAACCAACCAGCACGCCUCGCUGGUGUCCAGGGCGGCUCCAUCGAGAUCCCCUUCUCCUUCUACUUCCCCUGGGAGUUGGCAGAGGAUCCAAAGAUGAAGAUUCUCUGGAGAUGGAAGAUCUUCCAUGGGGAAUUUAUCUACAUCUCCUCCUCGAGAUUCAUACAUAAGCAUUUCAAGAACCGGCUCAUCCUGAACUGGACACAGCCUCAGACAUCUGGAGUCCUCAGAAUCCUGAACUUGAAGAAGGAGGACCAGACCGUGUACUUCUGCGGAGUUCAUCUGAACACAAAAGAAGGCAUUGAGUUCUGGCAGUCCACUGAAGGGACUCAACUGACCAUCACACCUGCCCCCAAGACCACUUCUGCAAGCCCCACCACUGCAACUUCUGCACUCACCAGAACUGCCCUCACAGUCACAGAAGGGAAGAAGAGCGGACAGAAAGAGAGCCUGGGUCCGGGAACCACAGUUGGGUUGGCAGUGGCUGCUGCUGUACUCCUGGCUGGGGUUUUGGGAGUGAUGGUGUUCCUCAGGUGGAGGAGAAGGAGAGAUGUGCUUUUGCUGCACAAGCUGAACCAGGAAGGAGACAGGAAAGCGAACAGGAUUGUGGACACUUAUACCGUCUUUGACCAAAAUCACUGCCCAGGUGAGAAACCCGGGAUCUGGAUGGCAGCAGGUCAGCUGGAGAGAACUCAGCGUCUGGACAGUGUCUCUCGCAAGGUCUGUCGGCUGGAGAACUUAGCUGAUGUCCCCGAUGGGUCUUUGGCACUG